UUAUGAUCGUUAUUUAUUCAUCUUAUUUAUAUAGCCCGACUAACUUUGAAAACCAAAGUGUGCAGAUCGUUAAUUAAUUUGAAAGAAGAUGAUGCAUUAUGAUGAUGCGCGUGGUGAAAGGCCAAGACUACUUGUGGUGGCUAACCGGCUUCCGGUUUCUGCAAAGAGAACGGGGGAAAAUUCUUGGUCUCUUGAAAUGAGUCCUGGUGGUUUAGUCAGUGGUCUUCUAGGUGUAACAUCUCAAUUAGAUACCAAAUGGGUUGGAUGGCCUGGAGUUGAUGUGUAUAAUGAAGUUGAAAAAAAUGCACUAACUAAAUCUCUAGCCGAAAUGAAGUGUAUCCCUGUGUUCCUUAAUGGGGUUUUUGAUCAGUACUACAAUGGUUAUUGCAAUGGUAUUUUGUGGCCAAUUCUUCAUCACAUGGGACUUCCACAAGAAGAUCAACAUGACACAAACCAAACUUUCGAAACACAAUAUGAUGCAUACAAGAAAGCAAAUCGAAUGUUUCUUGAUGUCAUAAUACAGAACUAUGAAGAAGGUGAUACUGUUUGGUGUCAUGAUUAUCAUCUCAUGUUUCUUCCUCAAUACCUUAAAGAGCACAACAACAAAAUCAAAGUUGGAUGGUUUCUCCAUUCACCAUUUCCUUCCUCUGAGGUCUACAAAACAUUGCCCUCGCGAUCAGAGCUUCUUCGUGCGGUUCUUACAGCUGAUUUACUUGGCUUUCACACAUAUGAUUUUGUAAGACAUUUCUUGAGUACAUGCACUCGAAUUCUUGGAGUUGAAGGAACACAUGAAGGAGUUGUGUAUCAAGGCAGAGUCACUCGAGUAGCUGUUUUUCCCAUUGGAAUUGAUCCUGAUCGGUUUAUAAGAACAUGUAAGCUCCCUGAAGUCACACAGAAAAUGAAUGAGCUUAAAGAGAGGUUUGCUGGCAAAAAGGUGAUAUUAGGUGUUGAUCGUCUUGAUAUGAUCAAAGGGAUCCCACAGAAGUAUCUUGCAUUUGAGAAAUUUCUAGAAGAAAAUCCCUAUUGGCGCGAUAAAGUUGUGCUAGUGCAAAUUGCAGUGCCAACAAGAAAUGAUGUCCCUGAAUAUCGAAAGCUCAAAAGCCAAGUUCAUGGACUCGUUGGACGCAUAAAUGGUCGUUUUGGUUCUGUCUCUUCUCUUCCAAUCCAUCAUCUGGAUUGUUCUGUUGACUUCAACUACUUAUGUGCACUGUACGCAAUUGCAGAUGUAAUGCUUGUAACAUCUUUGAGAGAUGGAAUGAAUCUUGUUAGUUAUGAAUUUGUUGCAUGUCAAGAGGCCAAAAAAGGGGUUCUUGUUCUCAGUGAGUUUGCAGGUGCUGGACAGUCUCUUGGUGUUGGAGCUCUACUUGUGAAUCCUUGGGAUGUUACAGAAGUUUCUUCUGCCAUUAAAGACGCCCUAAAUAUGCCAGCUGAAGAAAGAGAAACAAGACACAGAUUUAAUUUUCAGUAUGUGUAUACUCAUUCUGCUAAAAAAUGGGGAUCUGAUUUCAUGAGUGAACUCAAUGGCGCUAUCGCUGAAUCGGAGAUGCAAAUCAGGAACAUCCCACAUGGACUUCCACAACAAGAUGUGAUUCAACGAUAUUCGCAAUCUAACAACAGAUUAAUAAUCUUGGGUUUCUGUGGAACACUCACUGAGCAAAAGAAUAGUCGAAGUAAGGAAAUGGAUCUUAAACUAAACCCAGAGCUAAAAGGAACUCUGAAAGCAUUAUGCAAUGAUCCAAAAACAACAGUAGUCGUAUUGAGUAGAAGUGACAAAGACAUAUUAGACAAAAAUUUUGGAGGGUAUAAUAUAUGGCUGGCUGCGGAAAAUGGAAUGUUCGAAAAGCAUACUAAUGGAGAAUGGGUGAAAAGUAUGCCUCAAAACAUGAACCUUGAUUGGGUCGAUAGUGUAAAGAAUGUUUUUAAGUACUUCACUGAUCGAACUCCAAGAUCGUUCGUCAAAUCAAGCGAGACUUCGCUUGUAUGGAAUUACGAAUAUGCAGAUGUUGAAUUUGGGAGAGCACAGGCAGGAGACUUGUUACAAUACUUAUGGGCAGGACCAAUAUCUAAUGCAUCAGUUGAUGUUGUUCGAGGAAACCAUUCUGUUGAAGUCCAUGCCAUUGGUGAGACUAAGGGGGCAGCAAUUGGUCGUAUUUUGGGAGAAAUAGUAUACAGAAAAUCUAUGACCACGCCGAUUGAUUUUGUAUUUUGCAGUGGUUACUUCUUGGAGAAGGACGAAGACAUUUACACAUUCUUCGAAUCAAAAAUCUUGUCUUCCAAGUUAUCUCAUGAAACUAGGUCGAAGUCUUCUUCAUGUAAUAAUUCCCGAAAGAAGAAGAAGAUUUCAAUGAACGUUCUUGACCUCAAGAAAGAGAAUUACUUCUCUGCAGCCGUUGGACAAGCUCGCACAAAAGCUCGCUAUGUCAUUGACUCAUCUCUCGAUGUUGUAGAUUUGCUCCACAAGCUUGCAGUUGCAGAUACUACAAUGACUGACUCAUUUUCUGAUAGCGAAUUAUAUGAGCCUCGCAAUGAAAAUGAAAAUGCAAAUUUGAAACGCUGGAUAAAUUCUGUCAGAAGAAGAAAAAUGGAAAUUGGAGACACUGGGCAGAUUGGCAUGUAAAGAAAAAUCUAGGUCUUGGAUUUAACCGUUUGUGUAUAAAACCUUAUGAGGUCUUAAAUUUGUAAUAUUAUCAGCAAAUAAUACAUAAAUAUAUUUUUUAUCUAUCAAAUCUGGAACAUGACCACAAUACGAAUUUUCUACAUGGAACAAAAAUAAACAGUUUUCUACAUUUACUGGUUUUGCAGAUGACCCUUGAAUAUACCUUUGAUAAAAACUUUGAACAAAACCUACAAAUAGUUUAAGACGGCAUGUUAGUUAGGCAAUUGUUGGAAAUAUAAGUAUGAUAAACUUCUAUAAAUAAGCUUAGGUAAUUUGUUGGAAAUAUGAGUAUGAUAAACUUUAUAAAUAAACUCACAUGUGAUAAACUUGAGUAUGACGGAAAAAAAAACCUUGGAAAUAUGAAUAUGAACUCACAUGCUUUUAUAAAAUUAAUGACGAUUAAAAUGAAAUUCUUGAUUGGUCAAAAU